AUGGCAAUUUCUUUUUUAACGUUAAGGAACAAUAGUAAUAUUUUAAAUAAGUCAUUAUCAACAUUGACAAAAAUAAUAAAAUUUUCACCAUUAAAGAAACAAUUUUAUAGUUCAAGACCAUCAGAAGACCACACUACUACUAAUAAAAUACGAUUUAAGGUUACAAUAAAUGAUAUAAGAAAACUUUAUCAAGAUCAAAAACCCAUUACUGUGUUAACUGCAUAUGAUUAUCCUACAGGAUUAUUUGUCGAAAAGGCAGGAAUUGAUAUUUGUCUAGUUGGUGAUUCUUUAGGAAUGGUGGCAUUAGGUUAUAAAACAACCAAUCCAACCACAUUAGAUGAAAUGUUAUAUCAUUGUCAAGCAGUUAGCAGAGGAAUUAGUAAACCAUUUUUGAUUGGUGAUAUGCCAUUUGGUAGUUAUGAAAUUAGUCCCGAGUAUGCUUUAAGAAAUGCCAUCCUGAAAUUAGAAGGUGGAUCAGAAAUGGCAGAUACCAUUCGUAAAAUAACUAGUGUUGGAAUUCCUGUUUUAGGUCAUUUGGGCUUAACACCACAACGCCAAUCAUCAUUGGGAGGUUUUAAAGUUCAAGGAAAAACAGUUAAAAAGGCAAAGAAAAUAUUGGAAGAUGCUAAAUCAAUUCAAGAUGCAGGAUGUUUUGCGAUGGUGCUUGAGGCCAUUCCAGAAGUAGUUGGGACAUUUAUAACAAAAGAAUUAAAUAUACCAACAAUUGGAAUUGGAGCAGGUCGAGGUACAAGUGGUCAAGUUUUGGUACAGCAAGAUAUGUUGGGUGUUUUUGAUAAAUUUACACCUAGUUUUAGUAAAAAAUAUGCAAAUCUUGAUAAAAUUAUUACUGAUGCGUGCAUAUCAUACCGUGAAGAAGUUAAAAAUCGUAUAUUUCCAGGCGAGGAACAUUGUUAUUCUAUGGACAAAGAAGAAUUAAAGAAAUUUAUGGAAUUCAUUGAUGAAAAGGAAAAAUAG